CCUCGCUGGAGUCGGGACGCGAGCGGGAAGGACUCUCCUACUGGGACCUCCGGCCGAGGUGUUGGGGGUGGAGCCAGGCUCCUCAGCCUAUGAGGACAGGGAGAGCAGGGCCGCGGCGCGCGGGAUCCGGCUGAUGCUCCUGGCCCUUCCCCGAGACCAGAAGGGAGGGAGAGCCGGCGAGAGAGCGAGGACGCGCGUGCGCAGUGGCGCGGGGAGGAGCAGGGACUUGGCAGCGGGCAAGAGGGCUGCGAGCGAGCCGCGAACCCGGCGGGCGGCGGGCGGCGGGCGCGCGCACCAUGGGGGAGAAACCCGGGACCAGUGGGGUCUCCCUUUCUGUUUUGUUAGGGUCUUCAAGAAGUCGAGCCCUAACUGCAAGCUCACCGUGUACUUGGGCAAACGUGACUUUGUAGAUCACCUGGACAAAGUAGAUCCUGUGGAUGGUGUGGUGCUCGUGGAUCCUGACUACUUGAAGGACCGCAAAGUGUUUGUGACCCUCACCUGCGCCUUCCGCUAUGGCCGAGAAGACUUGGAUGUACUGGGCUUGUCCUUCCGCAAAGACUUGUUCAUUGCUACCUACCAGGCCUUCCCCCCGAUGGCCAACCCGCCCCGGCCCCCUACCCGUCUACAGGACCGGCUGCUGAAGAAGUUGGGCCAGCACGCCCACCCUUUUUUUUUCACAAUACCCCAGAACCUGCCCUGCUCCGUCACACUGCAGCCAGGACCAGAGGACACAGGGAAGGCCUGCGGGGUAGACUUUGAGAUUCGAGCCUUCUGUGCCAAAUCACUAGAAGAGAAAAGCCACAAAAGGAACUCUGUGCGACUUGUGAUCAGAAAGGUACAGUUUGCCCCAGAGACACCUGGUCCCCAGCCCUCAGCUGAAACCACACGCCAUUUCCUCAUGUCUGACCGGCGGUCCCUACACCUAGAAGCGUCCCUGGACAAAGAGCUGUACUACCACGGGGAGCCCCUCAAUGUCAAUGUCCACGUCACCAACAACUCUGCCAAGACCGUCAAGAAGAUCAGAGUCUCUGUGAGACAGUAUGCCGACAUUUGCCUCUUCAGCACCGCGCAGUACAAGUGUCCUGUGGCUCAGCUGGAACAAGAUGACCAGGUAUCUCCCAGUUCCACAUUCUGCAAAGUGUACACCAUAACGCCGCUGCUCAGUGACAACCGGGAGAAGCGUGGCCUUGCCCUGGAUGGGAAACUCAAGCAUGAGGACACCAACCUGGCUUCCAGUACCAUUGUCAAGGAGGGAGCGAACAAGGAGGUGCUGGGGAUCCUGGUGUCCUACAGGGUCAAGGUGAAGCUGGUGGUGUCUCGAGGCGGGGAUGUCUCUGUGGAGCUGCCUUUUGUUCUUAUGCACCCCAAACCCCAUGACCACAUCACCCUCUCCAGACCCCAAACAGUGCCCACCCAUCUGCCCCCUCUGUACCCUUCAGUCAUCCAGGAAACAGAUGUCCCUGUGGAUACCAACCUCAUCGAAUUCGAUACCAACUAUGCCACAGACGACGACAUUGUGUUUGAGGACUUUGCCCGGCUUCGGCUGAAAGGAAUGAAGGAUGAUGACUGUGAUGACCAGUUCUGCUAGGAAAGGGGCGGGGGGGCUAGAAGAAGGGAGUGGAUGGUGCUGGGGGAGGUAGGAGCAGGACCAGGACCCCACUGUCGCUGGGGAUAGGGGUUACAUCCUCUCCUUCCUCCACCAUCCCCUAAGAUUAGGCACUGGACCCAUUGUUUGUUGAAAGUGGGCAUUAAUCUUUUAACUACAGCUGUGCUGCCACACACCCCCUCCCCAGGGUGGCAAGCUGUGUUCACACCUAAGUUUUGGCGAGGGGAACACUGAAAAUAGUGAUCAUAGAGGAAGGAGGUAGGAAGAACCCUGACAUCUGGCCUCACACCAACAUGCCCCUUUAGUCACUCUCUCUGCCUCCUGUUCCUUAAAGAUGAGACCCUGUGGGAGCAAGACCAUUUUUUUUGUUUCUGAGCAUAAGGAAGAAAUAAAUCUUUUAAUAGGCAUGAAUAUGUGUAUUUUCUCUAAAGAGUUUACAGUGUGCCCAUCCAUGAUAUUUUUUUCUGCAUCUGCAGGGCGCCUUAUACAACCUAUCAAUAAAUGUUUAUUGAAUGAC